AUGACAAUAAUAACACCUCCACAAGUUUCGCCGCCCAGAAGCCAGUCACAACAGAUAUUCGCAUUACAGAUAUAUGUGUCAUGCGCAAUUGCCGUGUAUGUUUACGACACAUUAGUAUACCUGAGAUCCGAUUAUCAAAACUGGUAUAAGAAGAAGAAAUGGCGCACGUUCGAAAUGAUAUUUUAUUUGUUAUUAAAUCACCACCUCUUUUGUAUACUAUUUCUUGUGGGUGGUGCCACUUUUACAUUACACUUUGUGAAUAUACCAUGGUACGGAGAAUCUACUGUCGACAAAGGUGGCAAUUGUAGCUAUACAAAUGUCGAAAGUUCGGUCGUCUAUGGAUUUGCUGCUAUGAGUGCGUUCUGUGGCAGUGUAUUUGUUGCAGUCGUGAUAAAAGUUUGGAACAAUAAUUGGAAGAAAACUACGAAUAAUAACGACUCUCAGAAAAGACCAAUUUCCAAGAUUGCUUUGGAGGAUGGUGUCUUUCACUUGGCUCUCAUAUUCCUCAUUUAUACCAUUACCCUUAUUAUGAUUCUUGCUUUGCCUAACACAACUUUCAAAUUCUUCAACUCGGAUCCCGGAAUGAUCCUAACUUCCGUUCUCUUUCUUCGGCUAGUCGUCCUUGGUAAACCAUCAAGAUCUUCAUUCCGAACGUCAGUAGUGUCGACAGCAUCAACGGAACCCGUAUUGCCAGAACCAUACACUAUACAAUCGGCGGUAUUUGUACGUCCAGUGAGUCUGGCGAGAGCAACGAUAGUUGAACCGGUGCCAACACAUACGUCAAUGUUGUUGUCGUUUGGCAGUAAAGCUGAUAUUGGGAAUAAGCACGAGGGAAAAUCAAAGGAAGAAUGGACUACUAUUAAUGUUGAUGAUCAUGUCGAUAAUGGUGGUGCUAAUGUUGGUUUCGAUCUUGUUGAUAAGAUCAAGGAUGAAGGCCCGAAGGAUAGUAGUAGCGGGCAAGAAGAUAGAAAGGGAGGAGUUGAUGACGUGAUUAUUGAUGCCGGAGAAGUAGAAUCUAAUCCAGAAGGAACAGAGCUUGAUGCGGACGAAUUUAUACACGGAGAAGGCUCCGAGUCGCCAGAUCCAGUCUCUGCCAAUAUUUCGCAAGCUAUUUUGAUACGAAGAGAUACCGUAAAAACGAUUAGUCGAAAUAGCAUGAGCGGACGGACGUACAACCCUACGUUAGUUGUUCAUAUGAACACAGAUGAUAGUCACAAGAUUAAACGUUCGCUAACGUUACCUAAUCUCAUGCGGAAUAAUAGUUUUUCUAAACGACGGUUGUCAGUGACGAGACAAAGGAGCGUGAAUAGAGGAGAAUCGGGUAAUGGAGUAAAGAGAGUAAAAAGCUUGCCAAAACUUAACAAGAGAACAAAUGCACGGGACGUUGAUAUUACUGGGAAUAACAGUGACUGA